UAGGUUGAAAUCAAGGAAUCUUUAGCCAAAACAAGUCAAUUAGAAAUUUUAAGAAGUGAGCAAAAUAACUGCAAUAUAAAUAUACUUAUUCUACACCUGAAAGACAUUUUACACAAUUUUAGAGAUAUUUUGAGCGUUUAGAAAGGUAAUCUACCCAUAUAUGCAGAGGUAUGAGCAGAAGUGAGGAAAAUAAUUUAGAGGGCUGAAGAGGAAAAUACUUUUUGAGGCAUAAAAAUUUUAUUCAUGGAAAAAGGAGGAGGAGGAUGGAGGUAAUAGAACCAAUAGCACUAGAGCCAUCUCUUAAAUUAAGUUCUUGGGGGUCUAUAUUUCGUUGCUUUUGAGAAAUAAUAGGUUAGCUUAGUCUUUAGUUUUGAAGCUCACCAUAAUUUGUUAUUCUUUGUAAUGUUAUAGACUUUUUAGUUCUUUGUUUGAUUUAUCGAACCCUGAACAUGCACAUUCCUUCUUUAGGAAUCAUAAAACUUAUCAAAUUAUUGAGUUUUCCAAGUAAGGCAGGAUAACCUUCCUAGCAAAAUUUUGAAUCUAAAAUUGGACAAUUAGAACCAAGGCUUUUACCACAACGUGAAAGCGGUGUUGUCUCUCAAGAAGUUAAGGGCUAUUUCUAGAGUCCUAUCCAAUUUUUAAUGUAUGCUGAUUGGAUGCCUAAGUGGCUGCAGGAGUUCGAACAGGCCUGGAGAGCACGAAUCAAAAUAAUUCUAACUGU